ACCUGCAGGCGGCCCCAGGUCCUGGGAGGCUGCUGGGCGGCUUUCAUUGGAGAGGAGCCAGGCUUGGGCAGCCACAAGGCUCGGACAGUAGGGACAAGUCCUACCAGCUGACCUUGGGGCCUGGAAGUGGUUAAUCAGGUUCCCUGAGGCCUGCAGCUCCUGCCAGAGUUAGCCCCUACCCCCGACCCGCAGGCCUUUCGGAGUCCCCAUUGGUUUCCUCGGGGCCAUUCCCACCCGAACUUCCCUGCUGCCGGAGAAUGUGUUUACCGGGCAGUCCAAGAUCUACACCUACAUGAGCCCGAACAAAUGCUCUGGAAUGCGUUCCCCCCUUCAGGAAGAGAACUCAGUUGCACAUCACGAAGUCAAAUGCCAGGGGAAGCCAUUAGCCGGAAUCUACAGGAAACGGGAAGAGAAAAGAAACACUGGGAACGCAAUACGAAGCACCAUGAAGUCUGAGGAACUAAAGAUCAAAGACGCCAGGAGAGGUCCCCUGGCACCUUUUCCAAACCAAAAACCCGAAGUAGCAGAACCUCCAAAAACUCCGACCUCGUCUUGUGAUUCCUCCGGUGCAGCCAUCGCCAAGCAAGCCCUGAAGAAGCCCGUCAAGGGCAAGCAGGCGCCUCGGAAAAAAGCUCAAGGAAAAACGCAACAGAAUCGCAAACUCACAGAUUUCUACCCUGUGCGAAGAAGCUCCAGGAAGAGCAAGGCCGAGCUGCAGUUUGAAGAAAGGAGAAGACUAGACGAAUUGAUCGAAAGUGGGAAGGAAGAAGGCAUGAAGAUUGACCUCAUCGAUGGCAAAGGCAGGGGCGUGAUCGCCACCAAGCAGUUCUCCCGGGGCGAUUUUGUGGUGGAAUACCACGGGGACCUCAUCGAGAUCACCGACGCCAAGAAGCGGGAGGCUCUGUAUGCGCAAGACCCCUCCACCGGCUGCUACAUGUACUAUUUCCAGUAUUUGAGCAAAACCUACUGCGUGGAUGCAACUAGAGAGACAAAUCGCCUGGGAAGACUGAUCAAUCACAGUAAAUGUGGGAACUGCCAAACCAAACUGCACGACAUCGACGGCGUGCCUCACCUCAUCCUCAUCGCCUCCCGCGACAUCGAGGCGGGGGAGGAGCUCCUGUACGACUAUGGGGACCGCAGCAGGGCCUCCAUCGAGGCCUACCCCUGGCUGAAGCAUUAACCGCCCGCCUCCCCCCUUCAGUGGACAAAGUGCCCUCAAAGGGAAUUGAUUUUUUUUUUUUUUACACACACACUUAAUAUUAGCAGAUUACUUCAGAUGUUUUUAAAAAGUAUAUUAAGAUGCCUUUUCACUGUAGUAUUUAAAUAUCUGUUACAGGUUUCCACAGUGGACUUGAACAG